AUGACGGAAUCUGUUUCAGCUAGAUUUAUCUCCAAAGUUGAAAAUAUAAUCGAUCCUGUAGAGAAACCUAAAGGUAAAGAAAUUAGGAAUAUGUUAAAUAAAGACCCAUUAAACGAACAAACAAAAUUAACCACAAUAAGCAAUACCCCUCUUCAAAAUAACACAGAAAAUGAAAUUAUAAAUGAUCCAAUGACAAAUUUUUCAAGUAAUAACUUCAAUAAUGAUAAUAUUUUAAGACCUAGGUCUUCCUUAUCUACAGUGAGUAAUCCAGUAGAAUCAACAAGAAAGAGACAUAUAUCUGACUUGCUAUCACCAAGACCAGAAUCUUCAUCAGAUACUUCUAAAUCUGGACCACAACAGUCGAUGCGAGCUUCAAUUUCAUAUCAACCUUCAUGCAGUUCUGCCUCUGAAUGCUCUUCUUAUACUUCGUCAUGUUACUCAUCAAGUCGCUCUUCUACAUCAAGUAGUGUUGGCUCAUCAUCGACAUCUUCGAGAAUUACAUCUGCAUCCAUGCAAGUGCCACCUGUUUUAAACAAUAACACUAAGUCAUUAAAAAGAAGAAAAAUUCCACCACCAUUAAAUAUUUCGCCAACUUCAAAACAUACUCAUACACAGAAGAAACAUCGCCACAAUGACAAAUUUGUUAAGCCUAUUCCAAGUUCAGCUGUAUCAAGUAGAUUUCAAUCUCAAGCUAAGGUCGUACAACCUCGUAGUGCACCUGCAGACGUCACAACGUUUCAAAAAGCUCAGAAAUUAGCUAAACCGAGAGUUGUAUACCUGGGGAAAGAAACUCAAACUCCAAAUAAGAUACAAUCACAUGGCCCAAUUAGUAGUGCAAGUUUACAAGUUCCGUUGCAAGGAUGGUACCCACAAUCAAAUAGAUUGCGAAACACUAUUAGGUACCCGAUAGCGACAAGCAACACACCAAUAAGCGCAGUGUCUCCACAAUUCAAUUAUUACUCGAUGUAUCCUAUGUCACCCUGGGGAACCCUAUCGAAUCUUGGUAUUACUGGACCUCAAGGGGCGUACCCAUAUACCUAUUCUCCAUCAAUAACAGCAUACAAUAUGUCUACUACGAAUAAUAAUAGCAAUGUUAACCCAGCAGCAUAUCAAAAUACCACACCACCUCCAUUUAAGGGUAAAAAAAGGAAAUUUUCUAAAAAUAAUAAUAAUAUUCAAACACAAAGUAAUAAAUCCAAACUGUAUGAGACUACUACUGUUACUAAUCAAACCACUACACUUCGUGACGUUUCUCAAAAUGAACAUAAUUCCGAAAAUACUGCACUGAUGCAACAGAAUAAUGAUAUAAUGACAGGUGAAAUACGUCUAAUGAGCGAUAUAUUUAGCUUUGAAUUUCCAAAGAAUAGUAUACCGACGAAAAGUGGAAUAAAGAAUAUAAGUUCCAACAAUAUUAACAAUCUGCCGAAACAAUUGUUCAUGAAUAUUUGUGGUAGGAUAUGGGAUGAAAGUCAACUUUUGCAAUAG